AAUAAGAAUAUUAUUCCUUCUUUUGUUUCUCACUAAUAAGUCAUCUGUUAUCUUCCAUAAUAUUAAUCAGAGACAGCAAUUGAAAACAUGAUGAAUACAUAUAUACUUCAUUUUUCAAUUUGAACAAAAAUGUUACUGCUUUAAAACUCAUUGGUAGCUCAGGCUCAGGUUAUUAUUUCCAGUCACUAAUUAAAAAUGCCUAAAACACCUGUUAGUCGGCUAGAUGUAAUUUAUAGAAAAAUUCUUUUAACGAAAUUCUUUUCAAAAGGCUGGGGCUCGCCAGAGACUUUGAAAACUUUUACGUUUCAGAUUAUUCGACUUUAGAAAAGUUAUCUCCAAUAGAGAACGAUGCUUCAACUUAGUACCGAAAAAUUAUCCUAUUAAAAUCAUCAAUAAGGAGCAGAGAUCCGAUUGUCAAAUAAUAGAAGGCAGCUUUACGAGUCCAUUAGCGUUAUAUAUGCCAUCUUUAAUAACUCCUGAUGUAGGAACAGCUUAUUUUCAAAUGAUAUUGCCAACUAAAUGGCCUUCGACUAAUUUCAAACCUGUUUGCAUUCAUUUAGCCGGUACAGGUGAUCAUUUUUUUUGGAGAAGGAGAAAUAUCAUGGCAAAACCUCUGCUUCAGAAGGGAAUUGGUGCUAUUAUCCUUGAGAAUCCAUAUUAUGGAUUAAGAAAACCUACUGAACAAGUUAGAUCAAGUCUGAGAUAUGUAUCUGACAUUUUUGUGAUGGGAGGAUGUUUGGUACUAGAAUGUAUCAUCCUGUUGAACUGGUGUGUCCAGCUAGGACUUGGACCACUUGGUGUCACUGGUAUCUCAAUGGGUGGGCAUAUGGCAUCUCUGGCUGCUUCAAAUUGGCCUGCACCAAUAGUUCUAGUGCCUUGCCUUUCCUGGUCCACUGCUUCAACAGUUUUCACAGAGGGUGUUAUGAGUGAAUCAAUAGACUGGGACUUGUUGCAAGAAGAAUAUUUGGCUGAUAAAUCUUACCAGAACAUCCUCUCAAAAAUAUGUAAAAUUGUUGACAAUCCCUUUGAAUGUAGCAUCGCUCCAAGAGAAAACGCAUUCACAUUGUUAGGGCUACCAGAGAAGGAAUUGACGUACAUUACGCCUCACAAAGUAUUGAAUUUGAUCAAAGAAGAGGCUACAUCGAAUUGUCCUACCAUAGCAUACAAACACUCUAAAGAUACUAAAAAGUUUUUUCUUAGUAAAGAUAUGCCAAUCCUCAAUUUAUUAAGAGAUGCUAGUCCACUUUCUUUAAGUUCUAAAUACAUGACUGAAAUGAAAAACAGGGACAAGGAAGCUCUUUGGUUUAUGAAGGGUGUCAUGGAUGAAUGCACUCAUCUGAAAAAUUUUUCUGUACCAGUAGAUACUUCUCUUAUUAUUGCUAUAUGUGCCAAAGCUGAUGGCUAUGUUCCCAGGCAUGGUACUUCAAGAUUAGAAGAUAUAUGGCCAGGUGCCACAGUUAAGUACGUUGACGCUGGUCAUGUGAGUGCCUAUAUUUGGUAUAGGCAAUUAUUUAUUAAUUCCAUAGUAGAAGCAUUCGAAAGAGCCAAGAAGUUAAGUAUUUGAAAUGGGUCUUUAUUUGUUGAGUUAUUUGCUUGAGUCAAUAUUUUCGAAAAAUAAUUAUAACAGUACCUGAAUGAUAUUCGUUCUUUUUGUGAUAUGUUUUAUAAAUGAAGCAAAUACAAAUUUCAAAUCUUUGGUGAUAUUUGUAGAACAACUUUCUCAAUGGCAAUAGAUAAUUGUGAAGAA